UAGUGAGUCACCCACAACACUAAAGUACUGACUUCUUGUUUGCUCCAAUCGACAGAUAAGGUCCCAUGAAUCGAUAGGAAGUGUAUUUAACAGAAUGGCAGACAGCUUUUUAAUGGAGGUGUGUGUGGACUCCGUGGAGUCUGCUGUCAAUGCUGAACGAGGAGGUGCAGGUCGGCUUGAGCUGUGUUCAAGUCUUCUGGAGGGAGGGCUCACUCCCACUGUAGGUCUGCUGCAGGUAGUGAAGCAGUAUGUCAAAAUUCCAGUGUACGUGAUGAUACGGCCUCGUGGUGGGGACUUUCUGUACUCAGACCAGGAAGUGGAGGUGAUGAGGAAAGACAUAGAGCUGAUGAAGAGCUAUGGGGCCGACGGACUGGUGCUGGGAGCCCUGACAGAGGAUGGCCGGGUCGAUGCAGAGCUGUGCAUGGAGUUACUGGCUGCUGCUCGUCCUUUGUCAGUCACCUUCCAUCGAGCUUUUGACAUGGUUCAUGACCCAACGGUGGCUCUGGAGUCUCUGGUAUCAUUAGGGUUCCAACGUGUGUUGACAAGUGGCUGUGACAGCUCUGCUUUGGAAGGACUCCCUCUUAUUAAACGGUUUAUUGAUCAAGCUAAAGGCAGAAUUAUCAUCAUGCCAGGAGGUGGGAUCACAGAGAGAAAUCUGCAGAGGAUUUUAGAGGGAUCAGGGGCUCAGGAGUUCCACUGUUCUGCCCGCUCCAGCAAGGAUUCUGCCAUGAAGUUCAGGAACAGCUGUGUGACGAUGGGAGCUGCUUUUUCAGCACCUGAGUACGGCCUGAAGGUGGCAGACGUGAGCAAAGUCCGCACUCUUAAUGCAAUAGCCAGAAAUACCUUGUGAAUGGGUACUGGACAAUCAUGAGAGACGACAAAACAGAUACCUCGAAAUGAUCGCAAGUGGUUAUACUGAUUUGUCAUCAUUUAUUUCUCUUCAAAGCCCAAAAUAAGAAGACAUUUCAGAAUUUCCAUAGAGUGCUGUUUUAAUCACCAGUCAAACAGUCUUUGUGAAGUUAGAGCUCAGGGACAGCCCUGCAACCUUCUGGGAAAUGCAGUCUAUCAUAAUGUCUCACACUGCGGAGAGUGAUGAAUAAUUUUCGUGCUUGUUUUGUACCUUUUAUGUGGCCUUAGAGAUAGUGUAAUAAAAUACACAGUAGAUGUUAUGAUGUUUUCCUAAAACAAAAGAAAAAUAGUGAUCAGUGCUGCUUUUGCUUUCAGCACAGUAUGUGUUUCGAGUUAUAGUUGAACUAUAUUUAUUCACAGCACUCCCCCUAAACAUUUGAAGAUAUAGCUUAGCUGGGACCUAAUCUACUUUAUUUUUUAUGAUGACAGAAACAAUGUGACUUGAUUCAGUUUGCUCAGAAUUUAAUAAAAGUCAAAAUAUUUCAACACUAUGUUGCACUGUUUUAAUAUUAACAUUCAAGAGAUAUUCAGAGACUUAAUUGCCAUUUGCACAGGUACAAGGUAUAUGCACAUUGGAAUUCUUAAGUGGUUCACUCAGUCAAUUC